AUGAAGGAUCGAUGUGAUGGCAAGAUUAAGAUGGAGAGCUUUCCAAGUUUGAGAGAAAAAGCAAAGAAAGAAAGAAGACAAGAAAUAACCGUUGUAGGCGUGGCUUUGGCUGGAUGCCAGGCUGACCCUUUGAGUCCUACCCUACUCAAUGGCUAA